AAUUACUGGAAAAGUAGAAGUAUGAGAUUCCAGGAUAUCCCAACGUACCGGUACUUUGUGUAAUAUAAUUUUGCUGUGUGCCGACUAUGACGGCCAAGGAUGGGCAGAAAUAUACGGUACGUCGCACUGCCAGUACGUGGAUACUAGUGCACAUCUGCAUAGAUGCGGGAUCAAUUAUAAAUAGUAACAUGUACGCGGCACGCGUACACAAACAAGUGGCAUGUUUACAAAAAUCCCGUUCCGCUUAUGUGCACACCACACCCCAUUGAUGGUUGUUCAUAAGACACCGCUUUGUGGUUACAUGACUAGAGUAAAUGGGAAUGAUCUUUUUUAACAGAUCAACACAGUACAUUCAAUUAUUGAUUAGCGCCUGCGACGUACAUGCACGUAUGUUGUGCACGACGGUACGUCUAUAUGCGCUACCGAAGGGAAACACCUUAUAGCGCUCUAGAUUUGCGUGUUAUUUUUAGCGUCCAACAUGAAUGGUGAUCAAAAAUCCAGGAUAUUUAAUGUAAUUGACUGCACCCGAUGGAUCAUUUGUUUUUCAAGUGCUGAGGGGAAACGGGAUGUUAUUCUUAGAGUCGUGCACGAUAAGGGAUCAUCAUUAGGGACGUCUGCUCAAUCACGACCAUUCUACGAGUGUGACAGAUUCCAGUUUUCUGUCAAUGUAAAGCUGUGCGCAUCCACACGACCAAUUGACACAUGUAAUUUUUCUUGUUGUUAUCAUCUGAUAUGACGCUGUUCAUGUUGUUGAUAUUGUGCGCCGUACAUCAUUUAUAAACACGGGCAGCAAGUGCGCUUAUAUGACUACUGCAGUACUAUUACAGAAAGGUUACACCCGCAGUAGAUUAUAAUUUGAUCAUUUUGUUAGUGUAAUUUAUCAAUGGAGAAGGGGUCUGAUUAACACCUUUUUAUCCGACUGAUUUCCCCCAGAGAGCGUGUCUUAUUAGCUGGAAAAUCCGGAAUUUGCAGGGAUCGGCCGGCAUGGAUUUAGGUGACAAGUCUGAUGAUUCAGUGACUGAUUAGUGAUUGAUAUAAUUCGUAAUUAUCCCUACAUUAAGGGAAUUUGCGAGACAAUAAUUCUAUGUAUCCUUUGGUCGUCCUGUUAAUAUCUGGUUUGGAUAGUAAUGAUAGCGUAUGUGAGCAGGUGGAGACUAUGUGUUACUCGCAUACCGGCACAUCUCCAUAUAACUGAAGUGGCAUCGGCGUUGUUGCACCGCACAAGCGUACAUCCGGUCACACUAUCGUGACAUUCUUCCUAUUUCAAUAAUUUUUAGGCAUUUUUAGGCUUCGGUUAAUCAGUUAUCUCAAAGUGUUAAGUGAAAUUUCCUCAUGAUGCUGUCAGGGCCUUCGACGGAUUCCAGCCUUCAGGCUGGUCUCGUAUCCGAUCCGGAUUUAAUCAUUCCUUUUGACAACAUCUCAUCCGCUGAGCCUUUUUCGGCUUCCAACGUCACACUGGCAAAUCAGCAAUGGAUGACAAUAUGGUGUAUCGCCAAUCUCUUCCUGUGUGCAUUUGGCGCCCUGUUGUGUUUUUUACUGAUAGUGGUCAUUAUGUCGGACAAGACAGCACGCAUCGGUUCCGGUUGUUUAAUAGCUCAUUUAUUGGUUAUCGAUCUCAUGAUGUGCGCCAUUCAUCUCCCAAUCAAUACCAUUUGGGUUUUUGCCACGGAAAUUUUUGCCGGUCUCAUGGACCAUUGUGCGGUGGUGUUCAUGACCUUUCAGACCACCGCUUAUGCCGGCUCCUGGGUGGCCUUGUUUCUGGCACUCAACCGCUUCACGGCCAUUAUACUGCCCUUGAAAUACGGAGCAUGGAGUACAAAUAACACAUUAGCCAAAAUGACCAUUAGCAGUUGGUUUAUGGCAUUUUUAUGUACUGUUCCAUUUUGUUUCGGCAUCGGCGGUACCAUUACCACUGUGCCGCCCUGGUCCGCGUGCGGCGUCCGCAAAGCCGGCAGCAAUGUGGUAUUUACCCUUUCAAAGGUCACGGGAAUGUAUGCGCCACUGAUUAUUGUGUGCGUCAUCUACAUUGCUAUGUUCUCGUGGCUGGCGGUGCGCCGGACAAAUGUCGUACGACUUCGUUCCGUGGAGACUAUCCUAACUGAGGAAUUCGUCAAACAGCGCCGAACAUGCCGGCGACGGUUAAUUAUUUCCAAGAUGCUGUUCGUCUCGUCCGUUUGGCAGUGUGCAUGCUAUUUACCCUAUAUGAUAAUCUCAUCAAAUUCGCAGAUGGCCACACAAAUGCCAGUUCUCGACCUCAUUCUGCGCAGUGUUUUUCACACUGGUUAUGCGACGAAUCCGUUAAUCUUCUUGCUUAUGAGUGAUAAUUACUGGAAAGGUCUGCGCCGAGUCAUUCACAAUAUUGGUAACUGCUUGCCCGCCGACACCGGAAGCCGACGCAGCAGCGCCACAAGUUCGGCUGGAUCGUUCCGAUCACGAACCUGGUCCAAACUGAGCACCGACCAACUGGUUGACCGGAUACGACAUCGUGCUUUUACGUUGUAAAACGUUGGCCAUAUAGCUAAACCGUCCUCAAAAUCUCGGUGGUAUCCUAUAGGCAGUUUAAUAAUUACGGUACCACUGUCAUUGUGUGCUCACACAAUAUAAUAUUGCUGUAUUUUUUUAUUUUGCUGCUUCCACAUCAAAAUGGUUUACAUCAAAAACCUUGUGCAUUAAAAGUAUAAUAUUCAAUAAACAAAUUUAGCGCUUAGUACGGACUUUCAUCGAUUUUG